AAUCACCGAGAGCCUUGGUGGAGUGUGACUCAGCAAAGUGUCUGUUCUGCUCCGGCACAGAUCAGGUCUCGUAUCCUGAGCUGACGUGGGACUCGGGGGCUCGUGGCCCCGAUACUGCACGGCUGCUUCCCGAUUGCCCCAUCUGUUCAAUCUGAUGACCCACGUCAGUGUCCCCCGGUUCUGCUCCCUCUUGGUGGUGCAGGAUGGUGCCUGCUGGACUCACCCCGAGCCCUGGGAAAUCCUCUGCACUGCGUAAUGGUAGAGAUUGUGUGAUGCGCACUCUUUGGGGGUCAGGUGCUGCCUUUGGCACUUUCUCCUUCUUUCAACCUCCCUGUGCAGCUCCUUAGAUUCCUUUCCAUUUCAAGGAGGAAAGUCAAGAUAUCUUUACUCAGUGGAAGAAUGAUGUAGUUUCCUCCUAACCUUCUUUUCUUUUGCUUCCAGAUCCCCUCUGGAAGGUUACGAUGGGAAUGAGCCUGACGACUUGGACGGUUUCCCCGACUUGUUCCUCUGCCCGCAAGUUCGUCCUUCGGAAGUCAGGAAAGUGCCGCGCGUGGUAGCGGCCUCCCGGGAACAAGGCGUGGCGGUGUAGACAGGAAUGGAUGAGAGCGGCUCGGGGGCCCUCGGACGCGUGCUCCCGGAGGUGUAGUCUGGGGACGCCCCUGCGGGCCCGGGCUGCAUGGCCGACUCCUGAGCCAGGAUGCUGCGCCGGGGGCUGCUCGCCUGGGCCUCCCGGGUGGUGGUCUUGCUCGUCCUCCUCUGCUGCGCGGCGUCCGUCCUCUACAUGCUGGCCUGCACGCCGAGGGGCGACGACGAGCGCCUGGGGCUGCCCAGGGCCAACGGCCCCACGGGCAGGGCCGGCUCCCAGGCGGCGGUGCUCAGCUGGGAGGAGCGUCACCGCGACCACGUCGGGAGCCUCAAGAGGCAGAUCGCGCAGCUGCAGGAUGAGCUGCAGGAGCGGAGCGAGCAGCUGAGGGCUGCGCAGCAGCGGGCGGGGGAGCCCGCGGGCGCCCCGGGCAGGGCCCAGGCCGACCUGCUGGCCUUCCUGCGCUCGCAGGUGGACAGGGCGGAGGUGCACGCCGGCGUCAAGCAGGCCACCGAGUAUGCCGCCGUGCCCUUCGACAGCUUCACGCUGCACAAGGUGUACCAGCUGGAGACCGGCCUGACCCGGCACCCCGAGGAGAAGCCCGUGCGCAAGGACAAGCGGGACGAGCUGGUGGAGGCCAUCCAGUCGGCCGUGGAGGCUCUGAACAGCCCCGCGGAGAGCAGCCCCGACCAGCGGCCCUACACGGCCUCGGACUUCAUCGAAGGGAUCUACCGCACAGAGAGGGAUAAAGGCACAUUGUACGAGCUCACGUUCCGAGGGGACCACAAGCACGAGUUCAGACGCCUGGUCUUGUUCCGGCCAUUCGGCCCCAUCAUGAAGGUGAAGAAGGAGCAGCUAAACACGGCCAGCACGCUCGUCAACGUCAUCGUGCCGCUGGCCAGGAGGGUGGACAAGUUCCGGCAGUUCAUGCAGAACUUCAGGGAGAUGUCCAUCCAACAGGACGGGAGGGUUCACCUCACUGUCGUUUACUUUGGAAAAGAAGAAAUGGAUGAGGUCAAAGGAAUACUUGAGAACACUUCCAGAGCCGCCAACUUCAGGAACUUCACCUUCAUCCAGCUGAGCGGGGAGUUCUCUCGGGGGAAGGGGCUGGACGUGGGUGCCCGCUCCUGGAAGGGCAGCAACGUGCUGCUCUUCUUCUGCGACGUGGACAUCUACUUCACCUCCGAGUUCCUCAACACCUGCAGGCUGAACACGCAGCCAGGGAAGAAGGUGUUUUAUCCUGUCCUUUUCAGUCAGUACAAUCCUGGCAUAAUAUACGGCCAUCACGAUGCAGUCCCCGCCUUGGAGCAGCAGCUGGUCAUAAAGAAGGAGACUGGAUUCUGGAGAGAUUUCGGGUUCGGGAUGACGUGCCAGUACCGGUCCGACUUCAUCAACAUAGGUGGCUUCGACCUGGACAUCAGAGGCUGGGGCGGCGAGGACGUGCACCUCUACCGCAAGUACCUGCACAGCAAUCUGGUGGUGGUGCGCGCGCCCGCGCGGGGCCUCUUCCACCUGUGGCACGAGAAGCGCUGCGAGGACGAGCUGGCGCCCGAGCAGUACCGGAUGUGCAUCCAGUCCAAGGCCAUGAACGAGGCGUCCCACGGGCAGCUGGGGAUGCUGGUGUUCAGGCACGAGAUCGAGGCCCACCUCCGCAGACAGAGACGCAAGACGGGCAGCAGGAAGUCAUGAGCGCCCCCUGCAGGGGACCAGGGGUGCGGAGACGCUUUCUUAUUUUUAUUUUUUUCCUUUUUGCAGUUGCAGCAAGGAAAAAUAUGGCCCCAAAAGGGCAAGGAAAGCAUUCGACUGGUUAGUAAAACGGACGAGGGAGCGUUUCUCUCUGCCUGUGUAGCUUAUGCAACAGGCAUCAAACGCCCCCCACACUUGGCCUGCAGAAGCAGCCCAAACGCACCAAACCGCGGCAACCAACAGACACGACCUCUUUGUGAGACUGAUGGCGUGGAGGUUGUGAUUGUGUUUACAGCAAAGCCAGUGCUGUUGUUCUGCGCUUAUUGAAAUAUUCAUGAAGGAAGAGAAGCUUUGUAAAAAGUUCAUUAGGAUGGAAGGCCAGCAUCAUGCCUCCCGGUCUGAGGGGUGAUCAGCCCUUCUCUGGGGUCUGGGAGACGGUGUGAAAUUCAGAGAUACACUCAUGGUGAUCUUCGUGGAUAUAGUAAGCAAAACCAAAUGGACUAAAAGUGAGAAAACAAACUCGUAGCUAUUGUAUCAUCUCCCCCAACGAUAACCAGAAGUAAUCUGUUCAUCUUUUUGGUUGUAGUUUUAGCCAUCUCUGUUAAUUUUAUUUAAAAAUGCACUUUUUUUGGCUUAUGAGUUAUAUUCUGCUUAUUUAAUUACCCAUUUGCAAGCCUUAUGAAGAGAGCACAAGUUAGCUACAUUUUGGUAUUUUCUAAGAAGAUACUUUUCGCUGCCUUGCUUCAGUUCAGAGCAUCAGAUUGUGACCCACAGCCGAGGAUGUGGCAGAUGCUGACCCUGUGGGGACUGGCCGGCAGACGGUCAUCGGGGACGGCGUGGCUUGGGGCUGCUGACCACACAGGCACACGGAUACUUUAUCUGAAGAGUAUUUCCGAAAUGGAGCAACUGAACACGGAGGGAAUGGAAAAUGUACUUUUUACCUUAACAGAGAAGGAAACUCAUUCAGACUGGUGAUACAAGUCAGAAAACACGUUUUCUCCUCAGGGGAACUGGGGACCACUUUCUUACCUGUUGAAAUAAACCAAAGCAGGCUAUAUGAACCAAACUUUCUCUUUUCUAAGCAGGGUGCUCUUCCUGGCUUCUGGCUUCCACGAGAAGAAACAGAAGGAAACGUCUUUAGUGAAAGGUCACUCCACCCGCCAGCGUCCAGUGGGACGGACGAUUGUGAGGUGGGCUCCUCCAACCCAGCCAAGCGGCAGUGACUUGUUUUUUAAAUUACGCUGUUCUACUCA